GAAGCGUGGCGGGAGUUGUUCGCUUGGUGGGAGAGAAAUAGGUUGUUGUUGCACCGUAAACUUGUUUUUUCACGGAAAUUCAACAGAUAAAAACCACGAAACAUGAUGGCAACAAACGGAAAGGAAGGUUGUGAACUCAAAGGAGACGUGUCACGCGUUUCACCCAACAGCAGCAGCAGCGGCGGUGAGGAGGAUUCUGCCCACGUUGGCUCGUCCGCGCGGGAAACGUCCCACUGUACGCUGCAGAAUGGAGGACCGGUGGAGGUGAAGGAGCAGAGGUUCACCUUCAGCCCCGAGCCCACCAUGGAGGACAUCCGGAGGAUGCAGGCCGAGUUCACGGACGAGCGGGACUGGAACCAGUUCCACCAGCCGCGCAGCCUGCUGCUGGCGCUGGUCGGGGAGGUGGGCGAGCUGGCCGAGCUGUUCCAGUGGCGGGCCGAGGCGACCGACGGGCUGCCGGGCUGGAGCGGGGACGAGCGGGAGCAUCUAGCGCACGAACUGAGCGACGUGAUGAUCUACCUGCUGGAGCUGGCGGAGAAGUGUCGCGUGGACCUCCCGCAAGCGGUGCUCCGCAAAAUGGCCCUGAACAGAUUAAAGUAUCCCGCGAGUAAAGUGCACGGCUCUGCCAAAAAGUAUACGGAGUACCAGGACUGAGACCGAGGAGGCAGAGGAGCCUCAGCGAACCGACAUCUGCUGCUGAUGUGCAUUUCUUUUUCGUUUUUUUUUUUUAGUUUGUGUUUUUUGGAUCGUCUUCUUGAAUUAUGAAUAAAGCCUGAAUUAUGGUUCCGCGUUAAAUCGACGCAGAGCCUACGCCGUAGUACGGUGCGCGUCGCCACCUACUCUACGGCGUAGGCUCUGCGUUGGUGUAACGCGGAACCAUAAAUCAGCCUUAAUGUCCCGUCUUCUGAACGAAAGUCGUUUACAUAUGCAAAUCCAUUUUAAUUUAGUUAGGAUGUGUUGGCUCCAACUGAAGUUAAAACAUGUUUUUAGUUUGAACCUGUCUUGACUCGGUUUAAGUUUCUGUUAAAACUGUAACAUUUUAUUGCAGUUGUACAAAGUCUGGAAAAAAAUGAGGAAGAAAAUUAUUUCUCCUCAAACAUUUUAAGUUAUUUAGAUUGAUGUGUGACACUGACACAGAGGAUUAAGAGCAGUUAAUGGAGUUCAUGACCAAUGUCCCAAAACACCAAAGUCUAAAGCCUUUUUUUUUUAUUUUUAAAAAUUCACCAAGUCUGAAUGUUUUGUCACCUUGCAUGUCCUUUUCUGAAGUAAAAUUUGCUCAAGUCUG